UGUUUUUUUAAUGUAUAAAAAUUGGCUUCGCCCCUUUUCUCACGAAGUCUGCAAAACCCUCAAGAACUGCUACUGCGCAGCAGACAACCUUCUCAGAUUUUCUUUGUUUCUCGAACAGAUUCAGAACAGGAAGAGCUUAUUUCGCGAAAGAUGAGAAUCGGUGGCCUCUAUGCGUAUUCAAACUCGGGUUUCUCUUCGAUCAAUCGAAAAUUCAGCCAUUUGUUUCGUGGUUCUCUCGAUCGGAAGUUCAUCACAGCCUUGCCUUCACCGGCAACCUCUCGGAAUUCUCACUUACGUGUUAAUUGUGCUGUUCGUUUCCGUCCUUGUAUCGAUAUACAUAAGGGGAAAGUGAAACAAAUAGUUGGAUCAACCCUUAGGGAUUCCAAGGAGGAUGGAUCUCUUGUGACAAAUUUUGAAUCAGACAAGUCGGCAGCAGUGUAUGCAAACUUGUAUAAAGAAGAUGGACUUACAGGUGGUCAUGUAAUCAUGCUUGGAGCAGAUCCUUUAAGCAAAGCUGCUGCCCUUGAAGCGCUGAAUGCAUUUCCUGGAUCAUGGGACUAUAUACGUGCUUCAGUGCAUUUAUUUAAUCCGGGAACCUUUUUUGGUCAAACACUGGCUAUUGAUAUUCCAUUUUUUAGUUGUCACCUUGGACUAUACUGCUUUCAUUUGCAGGAAGGUAAAUAUGCUAUUGUCACAGAUAGAUGGCAGAAGUUCACCGAUGUAUAUCUUGAUGAUAAAAUUUUGGAUUUUCUGGCCAACUAUGCUGAUGAGUUUCUGGUUCAUGGCGUCGAUGUUGAAGGGAAAAAGUUAGGAAUUGAUGAAGAGCUUGUCAAGUUGCUUGGAAGACACUCGCCGAUUCCAGUAACUUACGCAGGUGGCGUCACCACAAUGGCUGAUUUAGAGAGGAUCAAAUUGGCAGGAUCUGGACAUGUUGAUGUCACAGUGGGAAGUGCUCUAGACAUUUUUGGAGGCAACUUAGCGUACAAGGAUGUAGUUCUAUGGCACUCAAAGCAAGAGGCAUUGACGGUCUAGUGUCAUGCACCUGUUAUUCAUUCCCCUAAUUUAAUUUGGCAUGCUUCUUAAAUUUUAUUUAGUGCGUGGUGAGGCUUUGACUCUGUUGUAUAAAGAUCAGCUCUUCUUAACUUGCUGCCUUAAAGCUUUGUGCAACUUAUUAGCAUCUUUUAGAACACGUUUGACUGUUGCUACAGAAAAAAAGAGCGCCUGUUAUCCUCUUGAACUCCA